CGCCAAAAACGGCCUCUACUUUUCCAUGGCUCCCAUGAACUCUAUCCAUCUGUAACAGUGUUCGUCCCUACCACUCAAUUUCUUAUGGAACUCACAGAUCUUCGUCUCCAUUUUUCGUCUGAAUCUCUUCAAUUCCUAUGGAAACCAUUCUCUCUCCUCACUCUCUCUCCCCUCUCCUCAACCCUAACCCUAAACCUUCCACUUCCAAGAAUCUCUUCCCCAUUUCCUCCCAAUCCAGAUCAAAAUUUCAAUGUUUCUGUAAACCUAUUUCCCUUUCUCCCAAAUCUCUCAAAUCUUCUCUCCCAGUUCCUUCGAUUUGGCAAUCCCAUCUCCAACAUGGCCUCGCGGCGCUGUCGAUUUCUUUGGCGCUCAACUUCUCCCCGUUGUUGGCCGGUGGGAUUGCCGUAGCGUCUGAGUUUGAUGUGCUCAAUGAUGGGCCGCCGAAGGAGUCGCAUCUGGUGGACGAUGCUGGAGUGCUCAGUAGGGUCACGAAGUCGGAUUUGAAGAGGCUGUUGACGGAUUUGGAGUUGAGGAAGAAUUUUCACAUCGAUUUCGUAACUGUUAGGAAGCUCACUAGCAAAGCUGAUGCAUUUGAGUAUGCUGAUCAAGUUUUGGAGCGAUGGUAUCCCACUGUGGAAGACGGCAACAAUAAAGGCAUAGUUGUGCUUGUCACCAGUCAAAAGGAAGGAGCCAUUACUGGUGGCCCUGCGUUUAUCCAAGCUGUUGGAGAAAACAUUCUUGAUGCCACAGUAACAGAGAACCUCCCAGUAUUAGCUACUGAUGAAAAAUACAAUGAAGCCAUAUAUAGCAGUGCGAAACGGCUAGUUGCUGCCAUUGAUGGCUUGCCAGAUCCUGGAGGUCCUUCAUUUAAGGAAAAUAAGCGAGAAUCUAACUUCAAAUCAAGGGAAGAAACAGAGGAGAAAAGAGGUCAGUUUUCUCUUGUUGUUGGAGGUUUGUUAGUGAUAGCUUUUGUUGUUCCCAUGGCUCAGUAUUAUGCUUAUGUAUCCAAGAAGUAAAAGAAACAUGUAAGACCCAGAUCUUCCCAUCUAUUUCCUUCACAUUCAAAUGUAUAAAUUUGAUGCUGUAUGAUCGCUACAAGAUGAUUUGCAAGAAACCUGUUAUGAAACGUAGUUGAGUUUUUUUGUU